AUGUUCGUCAUACUUUAUGAUCUGGCUGAUAUGCCUGCCAACUGCAAGACAUUCCUGCGUCAGCGUACAGUCUACAUGCCCAUCCUUCUGACUUCAGCAGCCACGACGGAUCCUCUUGAUCAGACCAGCAUGGUAAAACCAGACCCCGAAAUCUCAGAAGCUCAGUGUCCAACGUCUGUCAGUGAGGAAACAUCUCAGAUGUCUCCGAAGUUGUGGUCCUAUGCACGGGAGAUACAUCCAUCUAACUGCUCUAACACCGCGCAGAUUAACAGUCAUGCUCCGACAAUCCCUACAACUGACGUGCUUGACAAUGGUAGCAACAAGGAUGAAUCUUCCACUCAUCUGGCCAUAGCUGAACUCGAAACAAAUCAGGGACCUCAAGGAGCCUUAGCUGGUGUAUCUCAUCCAUUAAGUGACCCAGUUGAGGCUAUUUGUGUCGACAGUUUAAGCACAAAGAAUCUCGCCGCUCCGAGUACUGCUACAAAUAGCCUUAAUGAGACUUUUCCCUCUGCCAAAGUCACUUCUGCUACUCUGAUGCUUCAUAAUGAAUCCAGUAAGGCAUGGUCUAUGAGGAGAAUGUCAGACCUUCCUAUAAACAGCCAAUAUCAUUUCCCUUCUGCUUCACCUCUACCACCGCCUUCGACCUCUUCUACCGACACUCUCUCAAAUACGACUACCGCCUCUUCGGCGUUGCCAUCUUCUCGAUUGGUUCCAGCUCAUCCGUUGACUAGACAGGCUUCUCUGAGAGUUUGCAAGGCUACUCCUACUCUUAUCACUGGGUGUUGGGCUCCAAUCGUUGGCACUUCGAUGUCAGCUACUGGGGGGCUAGGUCGUUCAGAGUUUCCAGCCUAUUUGAGGUACCUGGUGCAUUUGCGGUAA